AUGGCGGAGAUGAGAGACGGCAGAGACGAGCGACGCCAGAGACGAGCGAUGUCGGAGACGAGUGACGCAGGAGACGAUCGAGCGACGGAGACGAGCGAUGCGGGAGACGAUAAAUGCCAUCCUUCAAAGAUGAUGAGGAAUAGCCGGCCAACAUACACAUCCGAAACUUUCUCGGAAGCCCUCACAGUGAAACCCAAUGUUCAAGCCCUUCCAGCACCAAACAGUAUUACAGGAUUGUGGGAUAUGAAUAUUCCCACAGAUCUCCUACAUGAGAUACUGUCCCGUCUCAGUUUAAAAGCCAACAUACAAGCUUCCACUGUCUGCAAGACAUGGUGCGAAGCAGCUGUGUCUGUCAGAAAGUUACAGCCUCACCCUUGGCUUUUUAAUCCACUACAAGAACCAGAAGAGGGAAAGUACAUUCUUUUUGACCCAUCACGGUCUCAAACAUAUAAGCUUAAUUUCCCAGAAUUAAAGGGCUGUGCAUUCUCUUAUUCGAGGGAUGGAUGGUUACUUGUGGUCACAAAUAGACUAGGAGGGUCAGAACCUGGUUUGUUUUUCUUAUUUAACCCAUUUACCCGGGAGCACAUUUACUUACCCAAGUUGAAACCUAAAGCAUACUGUUGCUUAGCCUUCUCAGCCGCUCCUACAUCAAGUAGUUGUUUGGUGAUCUCGCUCAACUACUCUAGGACCCCCUUAAGGACCGCCCCAUAUAUUUUGAUUGAUACUUGUCGGCCUGGUGAAACCGUAUGGACAACACAUAGAUUUAAGAACAGUUUCCCCUGUCGAUGGAACAAUUGUGUCUUCUCGAAUGGUAAGUUUUGUUUUCUCAAUACUCGUGGCGGCCUCGGAGUGUUUGACCCGCCUAGAGCAACCUGGAAUAUUCUACCAGUGAAACCAUGUCGCGACUUUGGUCAGACAGAUUCAAGUUUGAGAAUGAUGAUGACGGAGCAUGAAGGAGACAUAUUUGUUGUGUUUACCUCUCGUUAUUACACCCCGUCGGUGUUUAAACUAAACCUUAAACGCAUGGCUUGGGAAAAGAAGAGAGAGCUUGGUGGUUUGACAAUAUUUGCAAGUAUAGAUUCACCUCUUACAAGAGCUAGUCUCUCCGAAAAGGAGAGGAACAGAUUAUACCAAUCACGUAAAGGGGACCUUGGCGAGUACUUUUCCAUUAGUGAUGAGAAAAUUGACUUUUCCCGCCCUUCAAAGGAUUAUUUUUCUAACCACAUGAGUUGGGUGUUUCCUCCUCACAACAACGUUACUUUGUAA